CCGAGCGGCUUACACGGAAAUGACGCAACAGGCACAGCUUCUGUCAAGGGCAUCGGAAGCUAACGCCGGCUAAGGCUAGCAGCGGCUGUUUGCACGUGUAUUGGAAGAAGCUCCGCAAAGGUGAGUUUGAAGAACACGACUGAGGCGGAAAUGGACGGCUUCGGUUCCGACUUCUCAGCAGGAGGGUCCGGCGGGAAAAUGGACACCGGUACCAUCAUGGAGCAGGUCAAGGUCCAGAUCGCGGUGGCUAACGCUCAGGAGCUGCUGCAGAGAAUGACCGAUAAAUGCUUCAAGAAGUGCAUAGGCAAGCCUGGAAGCACACUGGACAACUCUGAGCAGGUAGGCACUGGCUGAGUCGCUUCAGUGAUGCCCUGCUGCCC